AUGCACCCCGCCACCACAAAACAAGGCACCCCGCCGCCACGCCACCCACCACCACGACACCAUUCACCCUGCCACCACGCCAACCGAUACAACGACACCACGACACCAUGCACCCUGCCAUCACGACACCCACCACCACGACACCAUGCACCCUGCAACCACGCCAACCGACACCACGACACCACGACACCAUGCACCCUGCCAUCACGACACCCACCACCACGACACCAUGCACCCUGCAACCACGCCAACCGACACCACGACACCAUGCACCCCGCCAUCACGACACCCACCACCACGACACCAUGCACCCCGUCACCACGCAAACCGAUACCACGACACCACGACACCACGACACCAUGCACCUCGCCAUCACGACACAUACCACCACGACACCAUGCACCCCGCCAACACGACAACCGAUACCACGACACCAUGACACCAUGCACCCUGCCACCAAGCCAACCGAUACCACGCCACCCGAUACCAAGACACCAUGACAACAGGCACCCCACCACACCGACACCCAGCACCCCACCACCACGACAACAGGCACCCCACACCACUACAACAGGCACCACGACACCACUACCACAGGCACCCCACCACCACGACACCCAGCACCCCACCACCACGACACCCAGCACCCCACCACCACGACAACAGGCACCACGACACCACUACAACAGGCACCCCACACCACUACAACAGGCACCCCACACCACUACAACAGGCAUCCCACACCACUACAACAGGCACCACGACACCACAACACCCGGCACCCCACACCACUACAACAGGCACCACGACACCUCUCACCUCGCAACCACGACACCUCGCCACCAUGACACCUCGCCACCAUGA